AUGCUGCAGUGGUGCACCCUGAGGCCGUACCAUGUGCUUGCACUGGUGCUGUGUGUGUCAGCCAGUGAGGACUUUGACUGGACGAAGAACGAGAGAACGUCUUUCUAUUAUGGCACCUUCCCAACUGGUUUCUCCUGGGGAGCUGGAACUUCUGCCUAUCAGACUGAAGGAGCUUGGAACAUAGACGGAAAAGGAAUGAGCAUCUGGGAUGCAUUUGCCCACAAAAAGGGGAAAAUAUUCUCAAAUGACACGGGAGACUCCUCGUGUGAACACAUCAACGAGAAAGGAAUCAAAUACUAUGAUGACCUGAUUAACAUGCUGCUGGACAAUAAGAUCACACCCAUUGUUACUUUGUACCACUGGGAUUUACCUCAGGUCUUACAGGAGAAGUACGGUGGCUGGCAGAACGUCAGCAUGGUGAACUACUUCAACGACUUUGCCAACUUGUGCUUUGAAAGAUUUGGAAACAGAGUGAAGUACUGGAUCACUUUCAACAAUCCUUGGUCCAUAGCUGUGGAGGGAUAUGAAACAGGGGAACAUGCACCCGGAGUGAAGCUGAAGGGAACGGGAGCUUACAAAGCUGCCCACCACAUCAUCAAGGCCCAUGCUAAAGUUUGGCACACCUAUGACAUGCAGUGGCGAAGCAAACAAAAAGGCCUGGUUGGGAUCUCGCUAACGGCUGACUGGGGCGAACCAGUGGACAUCACCAACCAGAGGGACAUUGAGGCAGCAGAGAGAUACAUCCAGUUCUACAUGGGAUGGUUUGCCACUCCCAUCUUCAACGGAGACUACCCCCAGGUUAUGAAAGAUUAUAUCGGCAGGAAGAGCGGCCAGCAGGGCCUGGGAGCUUCACGGCUGCCGGUCUUCUCGCCUCAGGAGAAGAGCUACAUCAAGGGAACCUGUGACUUCCUGGGCCUCGGCCAUUUCACUACUCGCUACGUCACCCUGAAGAAUUACCCAUCAGGCCUGGGAGACAGCUACUUUGCAGAUCGCGACCUUGCUGAGCUGGUUGACCCACAAUGGCCGGAUCCCGGCUCUGAAUGGCUCUACUCUGUUCCCUGGGGCUUCCGACGCUUGUUGAACUUUGUUAAGACUCAGUACGGAAACCCCAUGAUUUACGUGACAGAAAACGGUGUGUCAGAGAAAAUGGUCUGCACCGACCUCUGUGACGACUGGAGGAUGCAGUACUUCAAAGACUACAUCAAUGAAAUGCUCAAAGCGAUUAAGGACGGGGUGAAUGUGAAGGGCUACACGGCCUGGUCUCUCCUCGACAACUUUGAGUGGGAUGAAGGAUACUCUGAGAGGUUCGGACUCUACUAUGUGGACUUCAGGAGCAAAAACAAACCACGCUACCCGAAGGCCUCUGUCCAGUUCUAUAAACGUAUCAUCAGCUCUAAUGGCUUUCCCAAUCAGAGAGAGGUGGAAAGCUGGAAGAGGAAAGCCGUGGAGACUUGCUCCUCCAGUAACCAGCUCCUGGCUGCAGGUUAG